AUCAUUCAAUGUUUCCUUUUUUCAUCCUUUCAUGCUAUUUUAAUUUUUUUUAUUACUUUGCACGCAUGAUUUGGUGGUAAACCAAUCCGCCGUCAUCCUACAGUACUACUGCCAAUUCUUAUCGAUAACAUCGCGACAGCCUUUUUUUUCCAGCGCCAGCUUCUCACGUCCGAAAGAAAAAAUUGUUACAGACAGGAAACAGAACAGCAACAAUUAAAUCCUUCCGUCAUGACGACAACAGACAUGGACGGCGAUAAAUUCGCAAUUCUUCGCCUUCAAAUCCCUCCUGAGCCUUCAUUUCCUCAUCCAGCUGUGCACGAAAUCCGCGUUCGAAGAAAUGCUCCCAAGAUCCCGACAGCCAACGACUCUCGCAGUCUUUUCCUCAAGAACAUCCCUGUCGAUAGCACAGAGCCUCACUUCCGCGCAGUCUUUACGCAGCUGGUAGGCGCAGGAAAAUUCGAGCGCGUGGACUUUGAUGAUGAAGUUAAGCCGCUAUUUUCAGCCGAUCCUAUACAUGCCUCCCGAAUGAACCAAAUGGUCAGAAAACGAAAACGUGAGGAUAUCGAAGCAGAAGACCAGAGGGCGAACGAGACGGCUACAUUGCCAGAAAUCUGGAGCAGACGUACACAUAGAAGCAGUGGAACGGCGGUGGUACUGUUGGCAGAUGACAAGAGCGUUCAGCUGGUUCUGAAUGCGAUAGCCAAGACCAGCAAGUCGAAGAAGUACCCGAUCUGGGGCGAGGGCUUAGCAGACGCAGUGCCAUCUCUCGGUGCCCCAUGGGUUGCUUCGCAUUUACAACUCUGCCGAGGAGAUAAAAAUGCAACACAGAGUGCCGUUCACGCCUUCUUCAACGCCUUCAACCGCAAAGAAAAGGAAGCGGCCGCGCUGGCUCGCCAGCUCCGCAAUGAGCCUGAUGAGGAUGGAUUUGUGACAGUGACGCGUGGUGCUAGAGCAGCUCCAGCUACCCGAUUCGAGGCUGAGGAAGCUAAACAGAAGAUGCUCGAUAAGCAGGCUAAGAGGAAAUUGGAAACAAAGGACUUCUAUCGAUUCCAAUCACGACAACGGCGCAAGGAGGAUCAGGCUGCCCUGCUGAGACGUUUUGACGAAGACAAGAAGAGAGUGAAUGCUAUGAAAGAGAAGCGUGGCAAGUUUAGACCACAAUCAUGAGGUUCGGAAUCAAUUGCUGGUAAGCCUUCCAUGCCCAUCCUGUUAUCUCCUUCUUGCAUGAUGACGCCGCGGGGCCAUCUCAAACGAUAUUACGGAGCACGCUUGCGUUGUCCUGUAACUAUUGUUUCUGAUGAAAACAACCGCGUUAUCAAACAAUCUUCUCAACUAUGUCUGAAAUUGCUCAUCUUCCAAAUUCGUCGCAAUCUCAAAACGGGAGAGGUUCCACUAACUGGAUAUAGAUUCUUGACUGUAGAAAACCAGAAUUGUAUAUACGCAUACCACAAAAUACUGUACAUAUAGAUAGAUAAUAUAUUCCUCUAACUUGAGGUAUCUCCAACAAGACUUCCUCAAACAUCGGG